AUGACUUUAAAAAAUGAGUACGCGGGGUUCUGCUUCCACAGAAACAAAAUAAGCAAAAUUGACAGAAUCGAUGGAGACAUAAGCGCUGAGCAGUUUUAUCUGGACUACAUCUUAAAAAGAAAACCGUGUCUACUGAGCAGUGAAUGCGUAAUCAAAAACAGGUGCAGCAUCGACUUAAAAUAUUUGAGGGAAAAUAUAGAAAAUGUCCCUGUCGAAUUAGAACAAAAGAUUUCAAAUUCGUUCGGGAUAGGCGAGAAAAAAAAAAUGAAAUUUCAUGACUUCUUGUCAUUAUUAGAGGAAGGAAAUACGGAUUAUUACUUAAAUACACAGUAUAUAAAAGAAAGUGCAUAUUGCCCCUCUGACUUCUGUAACGCGUUAACUCGGCAGAUGAUAAAUUUUCUGCCAAAGAGACUGGAAAUAAUGGGCAACUUGGAAAUUUACCAGUACAACGUAUGGCUGGGAAACAACUCAGAUGAAGAUUUAAAAACGUUUCUGCACCAUGAUUACCACGACAACUUAUAUGUACUACUAAAAGGUUAUACAUGCUUCUCCGUGCUCUACGCCUUCCUCCUUUUCUAUUAAAUGGAUAAGGUAUACCUCCACAUUAGUGCCAUGACUGACCAUUUAGACAAAAAAGACAAAGUGCUGGAAGACAAAAUUAUAGAAAAUUCUAUAAAUAAGGCAGAGCAAAAAUUAAAUAAACUAGAAGAUAAUGUCCUAAAUUACAAGUUGCGCAAGCACAAAUUUAGACCUAAGCCGAAUACGAGAGAUGAUAUUCCAAGCCAUUUUUGCCUUCUUAACACAGUUGCGAGAAAUUAUGAAGAUGACAUUUUCAGCGAUAACACACACGUUGAAAAAAAGUACAUUGACGUCCACGUGAACGAGGGUGACAUAUGUAAAAAAAGAGAUGAGUACAUAUGUAGCAACGAUGAGUUUUAUGUGACCGUGAUAAAAAUAAACCAGGCAUAAAUGGUUAAUUCCACGGAAAUGCAAAACAGGUUUUGCCACCCUUACAUAGACAAACACUUAAGUGAACGGAAUAAAAAUUUGUAUAAAAAGAUUGGCGUUGUUAAUAAAGAAAACUUUUCCGACAUAGCAGAAAUCGUGGCAUACUAUAACAAUUUGAAUAUAAAGCCAGGCAAAAAUGUGAAGAAGGCAAAACGGAAAAACGUCAGAAGAUUCUUACACACAAGAAGGUUAAGGGUACAUAAGUAG